AUGUCUUACCGAACUAAGCCUUGCUUCGUUGGUUCUUUUAAAGGGUGGGAUGACAAGGCGCUGGAACAUCCUAGUUUGCGAUACUUGAGCAACUUCAACACUGACUUCUGCGAGACCAAGGUCUCCCAGUCGGGGCCGCAUACUAAGUGGUUCACGCAGGAUUUUGAGUUCCAAACCCAAAGCGGGCAGACCCUCAGAGGAGAGGAGGCCUGGAAGAGGCUAAUUCAUACAACCCGGCUCUAUGACAAAUUUUCAAUAGAGCCUCUCUCUGCUUUUAUCCAGGAUACGGAAGACGGAUAUAAUGGCAUGGUGUAUGCGAAUCUAUACACUAACUUCGUAAAGCCAGGAGAGAAGAACUGUUCGGAUAAAAGGGGAAUCAAUUGGGAGCUACGUAUUCCGAGGGCUUAUUAUCUUACUUUUGUAAAGGAUUCCAGCGGGCUACACGGCCUGAAAGUCAGUAACCUGGUUGUCAUUGGGGAUGCCUUAGGCACUAUGGCGGUAGCGGUUCGCAAGGGGAUAGUUUCGCAGGAGAAUGCAUUUAAAUUUUAG